AUGUUGGGAUUUGCGUGCGUGUAUGGCGUAGCCGUGCUCACUUUGGUAGCUGCGGCGCCUACACAAGGUUCGGGUCUUUGCGAAGGUGUGCCAGGAGAUGCGUCUUAUGACUACGUGGUCAUUGGCGGCGGCACAGCGGGACUCGCAAUAGCUUCACGGUUGUCUGCGGCUGCAUCCGUGGCAGUUGUGGAAGCCGGCGGGCUCUAUGAACAAGACAACGGCAACCAGUCAGUAGUACCAUACUAUGGUCUUGUCAUGCCUGUCCUUGCAACCACCGAAGAAUACCCGAAGCAACCUCUUAUCGAUUGGGACUUGGUGACUACAGCGCAACCUUCAGCUGGCAACCGUCGCAUCCACUACGCCCAGGGCAAAACCUUGGGCGGAAGCUCAGCUAUAAACACCAUGGCGUACCACCGCGGGACUCUUGGCGCUUUUCAGCGCUGGGCAGAUCAAGUUGGAGAUCAGAGUUACGUGUUUAACAAAGUCCUUCCCUACUUCAAGAAGUCAUCUACACUCACCCCACCAAAUUUGGAGAAACGCAAGACGCCAAAUGCGACUGUACGAUAUGAUCCCAACGCGUUUAAUAACGCUUUAGGCGGGCCACUGCAGGUCUCAUGGGCUAACUGGGUCGAUCCAGCCCAAAGCUGGCUUGUGCGUGGCUUGCAAGCAGUUGGGCUGGAAUUGAGCACCAAAGGAUUCAACAGUGGAGAAUUGAAAGGCGGUGCAUGGGUGCCAACGACAAUUGAUCCAAGGGACGCUAGAAGAAGUACUUCCAAAAGCAGCUACCUUGACGCAUCGUCAAAGGGCACUUCGCGUCCGGUUGUCUACCUGCGUUCACAGGCAAGUAAGAUAGUGUUCGACAAACAGAAAAAGGCGGUAGGAGUAUCCGUCACAACUGGGGGAAAGACGUACACGCUCUCUGCAAAGAGAGAGAUUGUACUUUCUGCAGGCGUGUUUCAUUCACCCCAGCUUCUUAUGCUCUCGGGUAUUGGACCCGCUGAUACCCUUGCUUCAUUUUCUAUUCCCAUCGUCUCCAGUCUGGCUGGGGUUGGCAAGAAUCUGUGGGACCAGAUCUUCUUCAAUGUGCUCCGCGGCAUUACUGUGCCAAACACAGGGACAUAUCUUGCGACACCGGCUCAACAGGCUCUUGCAGUACAGCAGUACACAUUGAAUGCUUCGGGGCCGUACAGCUCAGGAGGAGGCUAUCUCUCGUUCGAGAAGUUGCCACAGAAAUAUCGUACUGGUUUUUCUAGCCGCACUGCCAAGUUGCUCAACGAUUUCCCGGCUGAUUGGCCCGAGAUUGAGUACAUCGCGUCUGGAUUCCCUAGCGGCAGUGCAAACUACUCUACUAUUGGAGCCAUUAGUGCGACGCUGCUCACCCCUACAUCGAGAGGCAACGUCACAAUCAGCAGUGCGUCGGUUUCAGACCCGCCAGUCAUUAACUUGGGCUGGCUAACCGAUCCCGCCGAUGGAGAGAUCCUGGUUGCGGCUUUCAAGCACGUACGAGAAGCUUGGGCUACUUCUACCCUUUCUGGCGUUGUGUACGGCCCAGAGAUCGCGCCCGGUGCUGCAGUGUCCUCGGAUGCGGAUAUUUUGAAAUUUAUCCGAGAGAAUGCACAGCCCAUAUGGCAUGCAAGUUCGACAUGUGCAAUGGGCAAAUCUGCCAAGGAUGGCGCGGUGGUGGAUUCCAAAGGUCGCGUGUUUGGUGUGAAGGGGCUGCGUGUGGUGGACAACUCCAUCACGCCCUUCAGCGUGCCGGGUCACCCGCAGAGCUCCGUGUAUAUGCUAGCCGAGAAGAUUGCCCAAGACAUGCUGGUAUGAUAGCGCUCUAAGAUAUUAUCAAUUCACUCAUAGAGAUUG